AUUUCUUGAAAGAAGGAUUAGGGCAGUGUCAUAGCCCGGCAGACUGUGAAACGAAGACAUUUACCUUCAUUCCCCUUGGUACCCUUCAGGUCCGGUUUUUGCGACCACCUUGCUUGAGGCCCUGAGAGGAACUGCACCAGGGCAGGAAGUGAGGAAGCGGAAGUGGGGACCGGCCUGGGCCCUGGGGCCUGAUUGGAGUAGGGGGAAUAUCCUGGGGCGAGGAGGUUUGGCCCCUGGGCAGCGGCCGACUUUCCUCUCAGGAAAUUGAUACUUUAUCAACGUAGAGAUUAAUUAUUUGUAUUUGGGAGCAGCAGAACUGGGGACCAAUUACCUGUCAAGAGUUUUAUAAACCAGUGACAUAAACUGUUAUUCGAUUGCUUUCAUCCCCCAUCUCACCUUGGAACUUGUAUUACUUAUGGCGUUCAGGAGACAAGUGAAAAACUUUGUGAAAAAUUACUCAGAUGCUGAAAUAAAAGUCAGGGAAGCAACUUCUAAUGACCCUUGGGGUCCCUCUAGUUCUCUGAUGCUAGAUAUCAGUGACUUGACUUUCAACACAAUUUCUCUCUCAGAGAUUAUGAAUAUGCUAUGGCACAGACUCAAUGACCAUGGGAAGAACUGGCGCCACGUGUAUAAAUCCCUUACGCUAAUGGAUUAUCUCAUCAAGAAUGGAUCAAAGAAAGUUGUUCAGCAUUGCAGAGAGGGGUUCUGUAACCUUCAAACACUAAAAGAUUUUCAGCACAUAGAUGAAGCUGGAAAAGACCAAGGUUAUUAUGUCCGGGAAAAAUCUAAGCAAGUCAUCACAUUGCUGAUGGAUGAACAGUUGCUGUGUAAAGAGAGGGAAGUGGCAUGUCGGACUAGACAGCGUACCUCCUACUCUAUGUUGUUUUCUAAAAGACCACUUGGUUCAAGUAGCUCACUGACAGCGUGUACUUCUGCCCCUACAUCAGAUAUUUCUGCUUCAGAGAAGAAGUGGAAGCUUCCUAAGUUUGGAAGGCUACAUAAUAAAAAAAACGUGUGCAAGGCAGAAUUGAAACAAGAGCAUUGCCAAGAUCUUCAUUUGCCUACAGAAACUAUGUUGUCCCGGGAAACACUUCCACUCAAGAUUCAUGGUUGGAAAUCAACAGAGGACCUGAUGACAUUUUCUGAUGAUGAUCCAAAGCUGCCUUUACUAGCAACACCUCCUUCCAUUGUCUCUCCAAUCACAUGCUUGUCAGAAGCUGCAGAAGUUUAUAAUCUUUUGGGUGCAGAUGCUGUGCCUACUGUCUCAGAAAAUAGUCCAUCUGGGCAGACAGAUGUGAGUUUGGACAAGAGAUCAGAUGGUACCCUUACAAAUACUGUAACAGAAAACCUCUUGGAAACACCUUUAGAAAAGCAAUCAGCUGCAGAAGGUCUUAAAACAUUGACAAUUUUACCAGCAUGUUGGUCGUCAAGUAAAGAGGAGUUUAUCAGCCCCAACUUAAGGAUAUCAAAGUCAGAUUCUACUUUCCAUAACCAGGCCUCUGUAGAAACACUCUAUCUCUCUCCCUCAUUCAAAAUAUUUGACCCAGCAAAGGAGACUGUAAUCAACAAGGCCUACCAGAAACCACCACAAUCCAGCAUUGAGAUGGAUGAUAAAAUCCUCAAGACAACCACAUGGGUUUCAACUGCCUCUGAGGGAGCAUCUUCCUUUUCUCCUUUAUCCAUGUCAUCUCCUGAUUUAGCCUCUCCAGAGAAGUCAGCUCAUCUCUUAUCCCCGAUUCUGGCUGGACCUUCCUUCUGGACUUUGUCCCAUCAACAGUUGUCUUCUACCUCCUUUAAAGAGGAAGAUAAGACAACCAAGCUGCAUCACUCCUUUGCUUCUAGGGGCCCAGUGUGUUCUGAUGCAGAGGAAAAUGAUAGCCUCAAUCUACUGGGAAUUCUUCCAAAUAACUCUGACUCUGCUAAAAAGAAUGUAAGUCAUAUUUCUAGUAGGCACUGGGGAGAGUUUUCCACCCAAAAUGUAGACCAGUUCAUCCCUCUGUCCUGCUCUGGUUUUCAGUCAACCAAAGACUUCCCCAGGGAACCUGAAGCAGAGAAUUCCAUUAGUGUUCUUUUAAGGGAGGUAAAAUGUGCAAUCGCUAGAUUACAUGAAGAUCUGAGCACAGUGAUCCAAGAACUUAAUGUCAUCAAUAACCACCUGAUGAGCAUGAGUCUGAAUAGUUCACAAAUAAGCCAGUCCUCGCAGGCCCCCCAGUCUUCUGAGGGGAGCUCGGAUCAGAUCUAAUCAUUACAAUAUCUAUUUUUGAUAGAACUCGUGCGGUUCCACUUCCCCAACACUUAAUAUUGUAUAAAUUAAUAUUACUAUGGCAAAAAAAGGGGAUGGUUUAAUUUUUCCUUCUCAGGUUUAUUAACAAGUAUCUUUCAAACUAAUAAUUUCAUUUGGGUGGUUUAUUUUUUAAAAGGGAAAGAUGUCACCUUUGAUAAUUUCAGAUUUGGAUAUUAGUUCAUUUGAAACAGAAGAGAAUUUCAUUCUUUGAUGCUCUGUACCUCAAAUGGGUUAAGUAUUAGUGAAAAUUGUGGUAGGACCUCAAACUGCAAAUGACUAUUCAAGAGCUUUUGGAUAAGGAGGCAGAAAGAAGCUCUUUACCUUUCAACUGUAUGGAGCUUGUUAACAAGCCUCUGAGGUGACCUAGGAGGAUCGAGCUUGGGGUAUACAUUUCACACGUUCUUUUGCAAGUUUUAGGUUCUGCAAACCAAGGGCCAGAAAUGUAUUCUUUCUUCCAGAGGCUAGUGUUGGGAGUUAAAUGGAAACAAGCAGGACAUGGGGCAAAUGUUUUUACUGACCAUGUAUAUUGCAAAGUGAAUUCAAAUCCAUCCUUUUAUUCUAUUUUAGAAAAUAAAUUUGAUAUUUUUCA